AUGCUACCAACAGUAGCUGAUGAGGACGGGAUUGAUCCAAUAAAUGCUGUUGGGCGUGGUUUGGAUCCUAAUUUCUAUGUAGGUGACAAAGGCGGUGCUCUGUGGAAGAGUCUUUGCAUGGUUGAAGGAAAUGAUGUUAAGAACAAAACAGUUGUAGAUAAAUUCCAUAUAAAGCAAGAUAUCUGUUGUCAUCAAAAAUACUUCAGUUCAACGCAAGACAAGGUCAAGUUUGACAAUUUAAUGAUGGAUGCCAUGAACGCAGCUACUUCUGUCCAAGCAGAAGCAGCAGAGAAAGCCUUGGACAGCCUCUCUCUCCUUCUGAUUCCUCUAUACUAG